GGUGUCAACGUUGAAAAGGGGGCGUAUGCCAGGCAUGUUGAGUCUGGUAUUGACGUUUGUUGUUGUUGCGUUUUUUUAAUUUACAUUUUAUUUAAUGUUUAAGAAAAUCGAUUUCUGGAUUAAAUAUCUCAUGAAAAGCCGCGCGCGGAGUGCACAAAAUGUCUGACGAAGAGCUGCCGUCCACUUCCGGCGAGCGCGCGGGCGAAAAGGAGCAGGCUCGUCCGUUCCAGCUGGCUCCGCCUCCAAAAGCCGCGAUGAAAGAAUCGACAGUGGAUCCUGAGUACGAAGAAAAAAGAAAAGCGGAUCGGGCGAACAGGUUUGAGUUUUUAUUAAAACAGACGGAGCUCUUCGCUCACUUCAUUCAGCCGGCGAGUGUAAAAUCUCCCACGUCUCCCCUGAAAGUGCGACUUGGCCGACCUCGAGUUAAACCAGAUGAGAAACAGUGCCUGCUGUCAGUGGGAGAUAAUCGUCAUCGGCGUACGGAGCAGGAGGAAGAUGAGGAGUUGCUGUCAGAGAGCAGAGAGGCCACCAACAUCCUCGUCCGCUUCGAGGAGUCACCAUCAUAUGUGAAGAACGGUGCUCUGAGAGAUUACCAGAUCAGAGGACUGAACUGGAUGAUUUCUCUCUAUGAGAACGGCAUCAAUGGCAUCCUGGCUGAUGAAAUGGGUUUGGGGAAGACCCUGCAGACGAUAGCGUUACUUGGGUAUCUGAAGCACUACAGGAACAUCCCCGGCCCACACAUGGUCCUAGUGCCCAAGUCCACGCUGCACAACUGGAUGUACGAGUUUAAACGCUGGGUUCCGUCACUGAGAGCCGUCUGUCUGAUCGGGGACAAAGACGCCAGAGCAGCGUUUAUCCGUGACGUGAUGAUGCCGGGUGAGUGGGACGUGUGUGUGACGUCGUAUGAGAUGGUGAUCAGAGAGAAGUGUGUGUUUAAGAAGUUUAACUGGAGGUACCUGGUGAUCGACGAGGCUCAUCGCAUCAAAAACGAAAAGUCCAAGUUAUCUGAAAUCGUCCGUGAGUUUAAGACGACGAAUCGUCUUUUACUGACUGGAACUCCAUUACAGAACAACCUGCAUGAGCUCUGGUCUCUACUCAACUUCCUGCUUCCAGAUGUGUUUAACUCCGCCUCUGACUUUGAUUCGUGGUUUGACACUAACAACUGUCUGGGUGAUCAGAAGCUGGUGGAGAGACUGCACGCGGUGCUGCGUCCGUUCCUCCUUCGUCGGAUCAAGCGGGAAGUGGAGAAGAGUCUUCCUCCCAAGAAGGAAGUGAAGAUCUACCUGGGUCUGAGUAAAAUGCAGAGAGAAUGGUACACGCGCAUCCUGAUGAAGGACAUCGACAUCCUGAACUCGGCGGGGAAAAUGGAUAAAAUGCGGCUGUUGAACAUCCUGAUGCAGCUGCGGAAGUGCUGUAAUCACCCAUAUCUGUUCGACGGGGCGGAGCCGGGGCCACCCUACACCACCGACACACACCUCGUCACCAACAGCGGCAAGAUGCUCGCGCUCGACAAACUGCUGCCCAAAGUCCACGAGCAAGGUUCUCGGGUGUUGAUCUUCAGUCAGAUGACACGUGUGCUGGACAUCCUGGAGGAUUACUGCAUGUGGAGAGGAUACGAGUACUGCAGACUUGACGGGAACACGCCACACGAGGACAGACAGCAAGCGAUCGAGAUGUACAACGCUCCAGACAGCACGAAGUUCAUCUUCAUGUUGAGCACUCGCGCAGGAGGACUCGGGAUCAAUCUGGCAACCGCCGACGUUGUCAUACUGUACGACUCGGACUGGAACCCGCAAGUCGACCUGCAGGCCAUGGACCGUGCUCACAGGAUCGGUCAGAAGAAGGCGGUUCGAGUGUUUAGACUCAUCACGGAGAACACGGUGGAGGAACGGAUCGUGGAGAGAGCGGAGAUGAAGCUACGCCUUGACUCUAUAGUCAUCCAGCAGGGCCGUUUGAUCGAGCAGCAGAAUAAAAUGGGGAAGGACGAGAUGCUGCAGAUGAUCAGACACGGAGCGACACACGUCUUUGCCUCCAAAGACAGCGAGCUGACGGACGAGGACAUCGACACCAUCCUGGAGAGAGGAGCCAAAAAGACAGCGGAGAUGAACGAGAGGAUGCAGAAUCUGGGCGAGAGCUCGCUGAGGAACUUCACCAUGGAUACGGGCACCACGGAAACCAGCCUCUACAACUUCGAGGGAGAGGAUUACAGAGAGAAGCAGAAGAUGAAUAUGAUGGAGUGGAUCGAGCCUCCAAAGCGAGAGAGAAAAGCAAACUACGCUGUGGAUGCUUAUUUCAGGGAGGCACUCCGAGUCAGCGAGCCCAGAGCUCCAAAGGCCCCUCGUCCUCCCAAGCAGCCUAAUAUUCAGGAUUUUCAGUUUUUCCCUCCACGUCUGUUUGAGCUGCUGGAGAUGGAGAUACUGCAUUACAGGAAGACCAUUGGAUACAAGGUUCCGAGGGCCUCUGACAUCCCGAACGCAGCUCAGGUACAGAAGGAGGAACAGAAGAAGAUCGAUGAAGCAGAACCUCUUACACCUGAAGAGACCGAGGAGAAAGAGAAAUUGCUCACACAGGGUUUUACGAGCUGGAACAAGCGUGACUUUAACCAGUUCAUCAAAGCGAAUGAGAAAUAUGGUCGAGAUGACAUAGACAGCAUCGCCCGCGAGGUGGAGGGCAAAACACCUGAGGAGGUCAAUGAAUAUUCAGCUGUGUUCUGGGAGCGCUGUAAUGAACUGCAGGACAUUGAGAGGAUCAUGGCUCAGAUCGAGAGAGGAGAAGCUCGAAUCCAGAGACGCAUCAGCAUUAAAAAAGCCCUUGAUGUGAAGAUAGCGCGGUAUAAAGCUCCGUUCCACCAGUUGCGUAUACAGUACGGCACUAAUAAAGGGAAGAACUACACAGAGGAGGAGGAUCGCUUUCUGAUCUGCAUGCUGCACAAGAUGGGAUUCGAUAAGGAGAACGUGUACGAGGAGCUGCGGCAGUGUGUGAGGAACACACCCCAGUUCCGCUUCGACUGGUUCAUCAAGUCCAGGACCGCCAUGGAACUUCAGAGACGCUGUAACACACUCAUCUCUCUGAUCGAAAAAGAAAACACAGAGAUCGAGGAGAAAGAAAAAGCGGAGAAAAAGAAAAGAGCUCCCAAAGGACAAUCACAGGCCCAGAAGCGUAAAGCUGAAACCUCAUCUGACAGGAAGGACAAGAAGUUGAAGACCUGAGUUGCAGAUUUUCUUUUUGUUACUUUCAGUAAUGGAGUACGAAGAUUCAGCACACAGCAGCUAAACAAAAAAAAUACGCAAAGCUAUAAUGUAAUGUUCAGCGAAGUUCAGCGUUAGGUCUAGAGCACAGGAGAAAAUUUACCAAAAACAUUCAUCAUUUCUUUACGAUUAAGUUUUUCUCAGCUUUCGCUUUAAACACAUUCGAUGCACUUUUUUUGUGGAAAUUUUAAAUCACAAUUUAUUUAUUGCACGCUGACAUGCAAUUAGCAAUUUUUCAAAAAUCCAAUAUAUUCUUUAUCUGUUUUUAUGUUACAAUACGAUAUUAUUCUCGCGUGCUCUGCUUUGGCUUUAUAAGCCGCUCAGUGAUUGGGUAAAUUUUUCCUUAAUCACCCAGGUAUCCCUGAUGAAACCUAGAAAUUGUGUGUGGGUUUAAUUUUAAAUUUAAAAAAAAAAAACCCUACGUUUUAUUUCACGCAAAGUUUUAUUUACCCGAACUUCUCACAACUAAAACAUCAUUUGUUAAGUGUCAUUUGAAGUGCUGAUAUAUAUAUA